AUGGCACGCACAAAGCUACAGGCGGAGGAUUUUACACCUAAAAGAAAAACGAAUAAUGUACGCAAAAAACAAUUUCAAUUACGACAAAUGUUAUCAAAUCCAAAGGCUUUUCUACGUCGGUACAUGGGUGGCAAGAAAAAAGUAGUUAAAAAGAAAGCUGGUAAACAACUACAAGCUAUCAAUCGAGCAUUGUUUGGACAACAACGCGGCGGGAAUCAAAACAUUUAUGUGAAUAAAAAAAGACAAUAUCUAAAUUUACAGCAUGGUGGAAAUUUAUCCACUCAACGAAAACCUGUUAAUAAAUUACCAACAAUCUAUCAAUAUUAUCAAUAA